GAGAAUAUCUCCUUCGCCAGUCCGAGCCAAGGCCCCAAGGGUUUACAUGAAGAAGUCGAGCUGAAUCCUUCAAGCUGCCUCCCACAAAAGCUCAACAUAUCCUCAGCACUCCCAACAAAAACAUAAAAGAGUCUGCAUUUCCCGCCAACGCCAAGCAAGAGUCAAAUCAUACAUCCUCCAGACCGAUGAAAACUCAAGGGUUGAAGAUUGGAGCAGUCCCUCGUACUCACUAUCUUCUCAACUUGGCUGUCGCUAGCCUCGUCCUCUUCAAUCCUUUCAGUUCUUCGGCCUGCGAUGAUCAACAUCUCCACCAGCGCUCCCAACAGUCAGCCACCCAGCCCCUAACCCCUCCUACUCGGGACUUGGAAUGGGGUGACCUCAACAUUAUCCAUACCACCGAUACUCAUGGAUGGCUAUUAGGCCAUCUCAAAUCUGAAUAUCCCGAGCCGAAUUACAGUGGCGACUUUGGCGAUUUUCAGUCUUUUGUUUUGAGGAUGAAAGAGAAAGCGAAGAUCAAAAAAGUGGAUUUAUUGGUGGUUGAUACUGGCGAUUUGCACGAUGGUAAUGGUCUUAGUGAUGCCGAGGCUAUUGCUCAUCCUGGCGUAACUCGAGGUACUACGUCGGGGAAAUUAUUGGCCGGUGUGCCUUACGACAUUCUAGCGAUUGGAAAUCAUGAGCUUUACGACCUGUCGGUUGCUCAAGACAUGCACGAUAAUUUUGCGCCGAUAUGGAAAGGCUCUUAUCUUACCUCGAAUGCGAACAUCACCACCUCCGGCCAGUCCGUCCCAAUUGGCUCUCGUUAUCGGAAGUUUAAAACCGAGCAAGGGCGUCGAGUGACCGCUUUUGGGAUCAUCUUUCAUUUCACUGGAAAUGCUAAUGGAACUGUUGUCCAGCCACCUGCUAUGCUUGUUCAGGAACCUUGGUUUAAAGAAGCUAUCCGCGAACGACCCGACGUCUUUCUUCUCGCUGGGCACAUGGGUAUCAGCGAUGCCGAUUGGAAAAUAGUGUUCUCAACUAUUAGGGCUGUUCAUCCGAAGGUGCCAAUCAUCAUACUAGGUGGACAUCUGCAUAUCCGAGAUUGUAGGCAACUGGACGAUCGUUCCGUGUCGCUGGCAAGUGGAAGAUACAUGGAAACUAUCGGAUGGAUGAGUCUGAAGAAUCUUGGUGGAAACAGCAAGCUGGAGUUUUCUCGGCGAUAUCUGGACCCCAAUCGGCUCACUUAUGCCUUCCAUGCCGGCAACGAUUUUGAUACUCAUGCGGGCUUCAAUACGUCCCGUGGACUUGCCAAGGCGGCGGCUGAUUUUAAUAUCACUUAUCAGUUUGGGGUUGCUCCACGGUCUUUCUUUGGCUACCGAGUAGCCCCUACUGCUAACAAUUCGCUUAACUAUCUCUUUACUGGACCCGGUGGUGUGCUGGAAACCGUCGUCAAAAACCCAACUCGACCACAUCCUCCCCUGAUUGUUGUCAACACCGGCGCUAUGCGAUUCGACAUUUUCGCGGGUAACUUUACCGUUAAUGAUGAGCUCAUCACCAUGCCCUUUUCGAACACAUUUAUGUAUGUUCCCGACGUGCCCCGAUCGAUUGCUGAGAAGUUUGUAGUGGCAAUGAAUCAGGGUGGUGUAGCUCGAAGAAGGAGCGACGUCAAAAGGAUGCGCAGGGACUUGUCGGAGGAGAUAGAAAAAGACGAAGACUAUCACCUGGGUCAAGAUGUUGAAGCCCACUAUCGGAAGUGGCUCCAGCUUCAAUCCUCGCUUCGUCGACCCACGCAGUCGUACCUGUCAGCCGAUAUGGAAGAAGGAAAGAACGUGAUCGUUGAACGAUCGAUACAAAAGCACGACUUGCACACCUAUGGAUAUGUCACUCAUGAUCAGUGUCCCGGUUUGGGAGACGAUGUCACCCAUGAACCUUUGCCUUCGUUUGUCCAACCUGACUAUGUCGGCACCGCGUUGCCCGCUUCAACAGAUAAGGUGGACGUGGUUUUCUUCAGUUUUAUCACCAAGUUUUCGCUGAAUGCUUUGAAUACGAUCGCUGCUCGAUCUCAUUCUCCCCGCAAAUUCACCUCGAAGGAUGUCAUGAAGUAUACGGAGAUCGAGUCGAACCAAGUCUUGGGUAUCUAUGCUCGUCAAAAAUGGAACCAUCAUUAAUCUUCCCUCUUCCUUCCUCUUCCUCUUCCUUUCUUAUUCUUAUUCAGACCCGCGGUCUAUUUCUUUUUGUAGAGUCAGGCCGUUUAGUUACUUAUCGUUUUUCAUUUCAUUUCACUUUUCACGUUUCUCAAGACUUCUUAAAUGAUUUGGAGAGCUUCUUCUUUCUUCUUAUUUUCCUCUAAUUGAAUAAUAAAAUUUUGGUAUCGGUAUCACUAAUAUAGAAUGGGUGCUUGUGUGUUCAGUUGAUGCAAAACGCAAUCCAGACUGG